UUUGCUUAAAGCAACAAAGGAAGCGCCGUUGCUGUCUUCUUGCUCGCGCACGCACCGCUGGCUACAAUGGUAAAAGUGCGUGCUCGCUCCCGCUGUGUAGCGACAAGAUGGCGGUCGCCGCCGGAUCAGGCGUUAAAGUUCCUCGCAAUUUCCGGCUCCUGGAAGAGCUGGAGGAAGGUCAGAAAGGUGUGGGAGAUGGAACGGUGAGCUGGGGCUUGGAGGAUGAUGAGGACAUGACCUUAACACGAUGGAGAGGGGUGAUCCUUGGCCCCCCAAGGACAAGCUAUGAAAACAGGAUGUACAAUCUGAAGGUUGAAUGCGGGCCAGGAUACCCAGAAUCACCACCUUUUGUCAGAUUUGUGACAAAGAUAAACUUGAAUGGCGUGCACACCUCCAACGGUGUGGUUGACAUGCAUGCAGUGUCUGCGCUGGCCAAGUGGCAGAACUCCUACAGUAUCCGGAUGGUGCUGCUGGAGCUUCGACGGCUCAUGACCUGCAAGGAAAACAUGAAGCUUCCUCAGCCACCUGAAGGGCAGAUCUACACCAACUGAGCCCCUGCUACUUUUGACUCCAUGUUUUCUUUUUGUUUCCCACUUGUUCCUCUCUCUUUGUUUUGCUUUCAUCCCUUUAUCCCAUCCCCCGCCAUGUGACAUUCCACCUCCUGUCAACACCUUGGCUGAAUGCACACACAACAGAAAACUUAUGAAUACAAGCAGAUACAUGCAGACGUACACACAGACACUGCUGUAAACACACACACACACACACACACACACACACACACACACACACACACACACACACACACACACACACACACUUAUUAAGCCGUCAUAAGUCAUUCCAGCCCUCUGUCCUCUCCUAUCACUGGAGCUCUGGGUGGACUCGAGUCUUCAGUCCACACCAGAUACGAUCAUUCGAAUACUGUACAUCUUACUAAUCUUUUUUUUAUUAUUAUUAUUUGUUUAAAAAUGCAGAUUGUACAAUAACAUAAAUAAUAUUGAGUGUA